AUGCACAGCUCUCGCCGCGGCUCUCUCGCGGUGGCCGCCGUGGCGGUUUGCGUGGCAGUGCUCGCCACGGUCGGCACGUGUGUGUUCGACUCGCAGGAGAUCGGUGGCAGCUCCUUCACCUUUGUAGGGUGGUCGUCUGCCAGCAAGGAGGAGUCGUACCAGAGCUGCACCCUCACCGGAAAGGUAUUCAGGAUUCAAGGCGCCGCAAGCGCUCUGUCGGACGACGCCACGCUGCCCGGCGGAAUCCUGCGGUUCUCCAGCCUACUUGUGUCGAAUGGCUACAUCGUGGUGGAUAAGUACUUCCCCCAGAACACCAACAUCACCAUCAAAGAUGCCAGCGGCACCGUUGCUGCGGGGAUGCCCUUUGUCGACGCCGGCACGGCAAUAUAUUCUGAUCAGCUCAGCAUCGUGGUCACCGACUCCACCCUCAGUUGGGCUGCCGAACGGUCGGGUCAGAGCAUGGUGCGCGCACCCUUCACCAUCCAGCUCUCCAGCUCCCUCUUCGUGCUCGGCAGCACCGUGGCGCAGGCAUCGUCCGUGGUGGAGGUGACGGGCCCGAGCAGCAUCUCGCAGAAGUCGGCAUUGGCUGUGGAUUACGCCAAGUGCACCGGCUGUGCUCAGGGUCUCGUGCACUUCACCGACUUCGUUCGGGUGUGGGACCGUAGCCUUCUUCGCAUAUCACACUCCACCGUCAAGGGCGCCGCCGGCAAGCCGCUGAUCGGCAUAGCACAGGGGGCAGGGCCCCGUAUGACGGUGGAAAGCAGUCUGUUCCUUGUCGAGAACGUGUCAUCGCCCACCAGUAACCUCAUCGGCGCGGCCGUCAGCAUGGGCACCGAUGCGCAGAUCACCCUACGCGCCGUGACGGUAAAGAGCAUUGGUGCCACGAUGACCGGCAGCGUCAACGCGCAGCUCUUGACGGCAGACGACAUCGCCCAGCAAAUUCCCUCCAUUUCCGUGGUGCCAGACACCACCUGCGCUGCGGCCUGCGUCCCAACGGCCAAGGUCGACUCCCGCUGCAAGUGCGCCUGUAAUGCCGACAUGCCGCACAUGAACCUCUGCACAGCCAUGAAGGACCCCUACGCAAACUACGUCUACCGUGGCUGCUCGGCGGGCUGCAGACGGUGCUUCAACGAGACCGCCUGCCUCGAGUGCCACCCGAGCUACGAGAUGCUGCCCAACAUGAUGUGCUCGCUGACCGGGCUUCAGUGCACAGACCCAAACUGCAAGACCUGCACAACUUACGGCCAGUGCACCGAUUGCAACGACGGCUACGGUCUCACCUCCUCCAGCGCUUGCGUGCGCUGCAGUGUAGCGGACUGUAAGAGCUGCCCCAUUGACGCUAACGUCUGCAAAGUGUGCCUCGGCGGCAGCGAACCGAUCAACAAUAUGUGCCCCUGCACCGACGCCAACUGUGCCAGCUGCCCCAGCGACGCUGGCACGUGCGCUCAGUGCGCGAACGGCUACGGUCUCGUGGACGGUGCGUGUGUGAGGUGCGAGGUGCCCAACUGCUUCAGCUGCGACAGCGACCCGAGUAAAUGCACGCAAUGCGCGCCGAACUACUACCUCACCCCGCUCUCGACCUGCUCCCCGGUGGCCUGCAACAUCGAGCACUGCAUGGAGUGCGACCCACAGACGCCGUCGCGCUGCCAGCAGUGCGCGGCCCCCUACGUGGUCGACAGCUACGACGGCCUCUGCAGGCUCCCCGACGCCUGCUCCGUGCCCAACUGCAAGAAGUGCAAGACCGAUACCUCCAGGCUCUGCGCCGAGUGCGACGCCGGCUACAGUCUCUCCGCCGACGCGACGAGCUGCAGCAGUCCGACCACGCAGCCGUGCGAGGUGGAGCACUGUAACACGUGUGUGGACGGUGACAGCACCCGCUGUGCCUACUGCAACACCGGCUACUACGUCUCCGAUGGCAAGUGCAAGGCCAUGCAGGACUGCUACGUGUCCAACUGCGCACAGUGCAUGCUGCUUGACAGCACCAAGUGCUCCACGUGCAUGAAAGGAUACCUCCUCACGUCGUCCUACGGUUGCGUCCCGCAGAGGGUCAUCAACGGCGCGGCCGCGCCCUACUCUCUGUGGGUGCCCGCCGUCGUGCUCCUCGCCUCUGUUGCCACGCACCUUGCGUAG